AUGCUCAUAUACUGCAACGAAUCUGACGGCUCAAUUCGAGUAUCCAGCAGAGCGCUGUUUGAGAUCGGGAAUUUCCUUCCCACCAAUUCGGCAUUUUGGUUGAGCACAGCCGGCGUAGUCUUCACUCGCAUGCUGGAGGAGGCGUCCUAUUCAAUCGACCUGAAACGCUCUUACAUUUGUCUCUUCAUUUUCUGUGUCAUUCCCGAACUCUACUCAGACUCAACGCCGUUAUUCUGUGAUUCCCCUACUGGGUAUGCGCUCGUCACCACUCGAGAAGCUACAGGGACAAUAGCGGGUCGUGUCUCCUCUCAUAUUGUGCAAGAUGUUUCGGCAGGAAAGAGUGAUUCGGCACCCGGUGUUAGACACCCCACCUAUCCAUCGUAUAUGACUGACGACCACUCCCCAAUUGAGUUCUCGUGUAUCUACUCAGCCGAUAGGCUGCCCACUGUUCGGUUCUCCAUUGAUCCCCUCAAGAGGCAGCAGGAGAGCGAACCGGCCCUCCAUUUAAUCGAACACUUCGCGACUCUGCUCUCUUUGUCGUUGGAGACAGAUCUCGCUUGGUGUCGGGUUUGCGCUGAGACCCUGGUGAUAUCGGAGAAUUCCGCCAGCAUGCCGACUAGCCUAUCCCAUCCGUCACAGUACUUUAUCGGAUUUGAUCUUUCCCGAAAGGGCACAGGAUUGAAGGCUUACUUCCUGACGGAAACAUGCUCCGCAGUCUAUGGUGUAUCCAAGACAGAUGUCGUGUCCUCUUUAGUCGACCGGCUGUCCGCUAUCCCGGGAAUGGAGGCACCUAAUAUCUACAUCGCAUGGUGCGAAAUCAAGGCUUUCUUUCAGUUGCUCCCGCAACAUCUCCAGCCAUCCCUGGAGAUCGUUGCAGUGGAUUGCGUUCCAUCACAUGCGAAUAGGCUCAAGAUAUAUUUUUGCAUACCACUGGCGACACUGUCUACCAUCAGACGCGUGAUGACCCUCGACUCCACACUACAGCUGCCCGACGUCGAGAAAACACUUGAGUGGGUCACGUUGUUUUGGAGACUUCUUUUCCCGAAUAUCACAGAUGAUGAGGAACCAAGCGUUGAGCUUGCGCGACUUCGGCAUCCUACGAGCGGUCUCUUGUUCUACUUCGACCUGCGUCCGGACCAUACCAAACCAUCCCCAAAGGUCUACAUUCCCGUACGUCACCUUUGUAGAAAUGAUGGAGACAUCAUUCACGCGGUGACGUGCCUCUACGACAUGCUGGGCUUCGAGAAGGCAAGGGACUCGUACGGACACUUCGUGCGCAAUACUUUCGUCCACAAGAGAAUGGAAACGAAGACAGGUGUUCACACAUAUGUAUCAUUUGCCGCUAAGCAGGGUGAUGCUGAGAUUACCGCUUACUUCAACCCGGAAUGCUUCUCCAGCGAGGGGCCAGUGUAG